AUGCCUUUGGCCGUUGACUUGCUUCACCCAGACCCAGCGAGAGAGCAAAGAUGCCACAAGCUCAAGCGUCUCGUUCAACACCCAAACUCCUACUUCAUGGAUGUUAAAUGCACCGGUUGCUACAAGGUAAGCUUUUCGGCCGUUAAUGAAAGUCGAUAAAUUUAAAAGAAAAUUAAAAAUGCAAAUUUGAUUCCAUUAAUAGUUCAGUUGGCUAUCUUGUACGGAAGCAACGCGAGAGUAACUAUAUUUCACCGUUCCAUGUUCUGAAAAAUUCAUAAAAUACAUUUUCAAAGUUGACCACUCUUUUUCAAUUUUGACGUGAAGAAAUACUUCAUUCAGUUUGAAGCUGUGUAUAGUUUAACGAAUGUUAAAAACUGAAUAAAUAAUAAAUUUCAUACUAGACAAUUUUUGUUGAAAAAUUCAAUCAAUCUCAAUGUUUUCAGAUCACCACCGUCUUCUCCCACGCCACCACUGUUGUUGUUUGCGUCGGAUGCAACGCCGUUCUCUGCCAACCAACCCGAGGAAAGGCCAAGCUCACUGACGGAUGCUCCUUCCGCAAGAAGCAAUAA